AUGGGCUCGGCACAAGAUCAGACCUCCAAAUCCGCCCGUCUUCAAAACGACUACGGUGCUGAUUACUGGAUUCGUAACAAGGAGACUCAUCGGCACGCUACCGCCGGACGAGGUCUCUUCGCCGGCCUUCAAGAUGUCAAAUCCUACAAUGUCGAGCAAGGCUGGGCGCGUCGGAAGUCCGGAGAGUCUCAGACAGGACUGCUGGGAUCAAUCUGGAACAGAUUCAUCGGGGCAAAUUAUCACCCACCUACAACUGCUUGA